AUGCAACAGGGGGCCACACAAGUUAACCCACAAAACUCUGCACUGGAUGACGUGACUAAGGAGGUGGUUCAGCACCCGAAGAGGAGGAAGAGGAAGGUUGCUGUGUUUCUGGGAUACAUUGGCGAGAAUUACUAUGGCAUGCAGAUGAAUCCCGGCGUAAUUACAAUUGAGCAGGUCUUGCUUUCUGCUUUUUAUCGGGCCGGCUUGAUAUCUGAGGCGAAUAAGGAUUCGCUAUCCAAGGUUAAUUGGAUGCGCGCUGCACGCACUGACAAAGGUGUUUCGGCGGCAGGACAAUGCGUUUCGGCCAAGCUUGAGUGUGAGGUGGAGAAGAAUAUUGCCCCUGGUGUUGUCGAAGCUAUCAAUCAUCACUUGCCUGCUGAUGUCAUGGUCUACGGUCUCAUGCGUGCUACAGCCGCAUUUAACGCCCGUAUGGACUGCCACCGCCGUCGGUAUGAAUACAUGUUCCCUGUAAGGUUGCUUGGCGGGCCGAACGAAGUCAUGAAGGAGGAAGAACCAGGGGCUGGCGAUCCCCGCGCUGCUAGAUUCACUAAUAUCUUGAAGCGGUAUGAAGGCACGCAUUGCUUUGCAAGCUUUACCGACGGAUUGACUGGCAAAGACGAUUCAUCGCGUCGUUUCAUGAUUCGAGUGCGAUGCGGUCAGCCCUUUCUUCCGCCUAACUCGGGCGUAUAUUACGUUUCUGUUGAGGUUUACGGCCAAAGCUUUCUAUUGCAUCAGAUUCGUAAAAUGGUCGGUUUGGCUCUUUUUAUUCAUUUGGGGCACGCACCCGAGGAGACUAUCCCGGUUGCAUUAUGCCCUAACAUGAAGAUUCCAACUCCAAUGGCGCCUGCGCUGGGCUUGCUGUUGGAUACAUUAACGUUUGAAAACUACAACUUACGCCAUCAAUCUGUUUUGGAAAAGCCUAUAACCGUUGACCAAUUUCGGGAAGCGAAGGAAAAGUUCAAGUUGGAGCGUAUUUAUAAGAAAAUUGCAGAAAGAGAAAGACUGGAACGAAUUCUUGAAACCUGGGUCAGAACAUGUCAUCAGAAACAACGGUACGACGCCGACGAGAUCGGAAAGUUACACGAGAAAUUUGUUUUAACCGACGAUGGGCGUGAGGAGCAGCGGAGAGCACAUAUUGCCUCGUUGUAUCCAAUUAAGACAAACAUGCGUGCAUUCCUUGAUGUUCCAGACGAAGAGACCUUCCGGCUUGCAAAGGCUAUGAAGGAACAGUUUCAAGUGCGGUACGGAGAGGAGCCUUCGUUUCUUGCGAGGGCACCAGGUCGUGUAAUUCUUAUUGGGGAACAUUUGGAUUACAACGGACUGCCGGUGAUAACUCUAGCGACUACGCAAGGCACCAUGUUCGCAGGUUGCCUGGAUAGCACAGAGCACAUUGAAGUCUGUCAUGUCGAGAAUAGUCGCUACGGACCUGGAAUGUUUCGGAAUAGUGGGACGAGGAUGGCUGUCUCCGAGGAUGAGAAGGUCUCACUGGUUGACAGAAACUGGCUUCAGUACGUAUCAUGGGGGAUCAAAGCCCUUGUGGAGAGUCUUCCUAUGAGCAAAAGAACAGUGACUGGAGGUGGCCGGCUGCUCGUUGGUGGGAAUCUGCCGAGAGCCGGUGGCAUGUCUUCGAGCUCGUCAUUGGUAGCAGGAUCGGCUCUGGUAGCGGCACGGUUGAAUAGGAAGCGAAUCCCGAAGCAAGAGAUUGCGCUCUUGGCUGCACGAGCCGAGCGCGAUGGAGCUGGUACGAAAGGCGGUGCUGUUGAUCAUAUCACAAGUUUGUGUGGUGUGCGAGAAAGCGCUCUAAAAAUAUCCUUCACACCCCACGUAGUCAUUGACAAGGUAGAAAUUCCUGAUGGGGUAGCCCUGUUUGCUGUCAACUCUGGAGUGAGGGCGGAAAAAGGCUUCGAUGAUCGGGUGAGGUCAGAAUUUAACAUGCGCGCGGCUGAAUGUCGAAUUGGUGCAGCAAUACUUGCACGGCGAUUGAAAGUGCAUUUAUGCAAAUCCGUAACGACUCCUGGCCAGUUGCUGUUUCAAGCCUGCAAAACGUCGAUUUUGAAAUGCCGGUCCAUGUCACAACUACGGACGAUUGCCUUUGAGGUGAUGCAAAAUGACGAAAUUCUAUCCUUGUCUGAGGUAAGGCAAGAACUGGGCCUUGCCGAAAUAGAAUUGCAAAAUCGAUUCGUGAUGGGUGUUCAAGGGAGUAUAUUUGAAGUCGGCAGACGAAUGUCUCAUGUCUUCUCUGAAGCAGUAAGAGUGGAAGAUUUUGUAAGAGUGUCCAUGGAUCAUAAUUCGGCUCCAUCGGUCAGACUGCAACAGUUUGGUCGAAUUCUCAAUGAAGGACAAACAUCCCUCAAAGAAGUUUUUGAAUCGAGUUGCCCUGAGGUCGACCAAGUCGUGGACUUCUGCAGAAAAAGUGGAGCAGUUGGUAGUAGGAUGACAGGGGCCGGCUGGGGUGGGUACACUAUCAACUUGGUACCGAAGGACCGGGCAUCUCACUUUAAGCAUGCAGUCACUGAGAUGUACGGAAAUGAAGCUGUCGUAGAGGUCACGCCAAACUCGGGUGGUUGUAUCUUUGCCAUCCAUAAAUCAUAUGGGACGGGAGAUAGGGAAAGAACUAAAGGCAGGCACUGGGAAAGACGGAAUCGAGUGCCCGCCCACGAAUCUCCGGCGAGGGAAUGA